CACACCAAAAGUAGCUCACAAAAAUAAAAAUAAAAAUAGAUCCUUUUUUCUUUUUUUAAGAAAUGGGUACCUGAUUUUUGAAGGCGAAAACAGCUCCAUGAUCUCUCCAUUCAAAAUCGGCCGGAAGAUCUUCGGUCGGCAAGAUCGGGUAAGGUCCAAGAACUGGGUCACUCAAUGGGUCACCAACGGGUCCAUCUUCUGGUGCCUACACGCUCGUCGCAAGUUCACCUUGAACACUGGAAACCUGAGCUCGUUUUCCUCCUGCAACCCGCACAACUUGUCGUACCUCCGUUUGAACAGCUUGAAGUGCCAGUGCUCUGUUUAGGCUGGCAGGGUGGUGCAGUGGUGACAUUCGGCAGAGGAGGCAGCUGUAGUUGGCUUGUUCAAAGGCUGAUGGGGCAACACUUAAAUCAAGGAUUUGAGCUGGGCCUCCAUUCCAGUAGAUCUAUUCGAGCAACCCCCAUUCCCUUGGGCCAUAGGUGUGAUCCAACGGGAAUGGGAAGAAAAGAUCCAACCCAAUUUGUACGGGAGGAAACUAUAUCUACCUCUUUUGGGGAAGCAACGAGACAGUAUGGAGGAUGACAAAUAUGCCCUGCUUGAUUGAUAGGCGCAUUUGAUGAAAAAAUUGUUCAAUUUGAAGACGAUAGAAGGUAGAUGCCACCGACGACAAUAGCUAAUAUUUUUACUUAAUUUAGAGACGAAUUUAUGGGAA